UAACUUGAAUUAUACAAAAAGCCACUAAAUGCAUAUACAGGUGCACAUUUGGUUCGUUGAACUUAACUAUUAAACGAAGUGCAUAUUUUAUUAAGACAACAUGACACUGAAAAAGUCAGCUGUAACAAUUGCCAUGAUGCUAAUGGUAGAAUUUCACCAUAUCUGUAUUGGGGAGAAGUUUAUGACAUAUUCCUUCCCAAUUGAGUCGUGCAGGUCUGAUCCAUAUAUUGUUGAUACAAAUACCAUGGUUUACAUGAAGUUUGAAGGAGAUUUAGGAACCCGGGAAUGUAGACAGAUGUCAUUCACAACUCCAAAAUCUGCCUUUUAUUCGUAUAAGUUGUGCAUGAAAGAGCUAUUCUACGACAGUCCCAAAUGUCAGAGUGUGGUUUACGCCAGGACAUACUUGUCUGACUCCUAUGACUAUACUUAUGAUGAUAAUAAGAUCACAGGAGAAGGUUGCAAAAGUGACUCAUACGGAAGAAUGUUGUUCUCAAAGUGUUUAAAGGAUGGAAACCAUGUAACGUUUGAACUGAAAAAAAAUAUAGAAACACAUAAUGAUUAUCACACAAUGUCAUACAAUAAAAGACCCACCAGAGUGAUACCAGACAAAUUCAAUGACACUUUCAAGUUUCAAAUUGAAACACAAUGGGACUACAAUUAUGGUUUGAUUGGUGGAUUAACCGGUGGAAUUGCAGGAUUUAUUGUUCUCACAGGAGUUGGAAUUAGUUUUUGUAUGUAUUGUCGCCGUAGGAAACGAUUAACUGGAAGAUACUGCUGCACUUGUCCAACUUACAGAACUGGUAACUCCAAGUUCAUCACCGAGGGGUUGUCUCAAGGUUUCUCAGCAGAAUGUGCUUUAGCUGGUAUAUUACUGUGUUCGUGUGUUCUCUGUAGACAACAACAAAGUAAAGAACAGGAACCAAACCAAUGUGAAAAAGGUAAAAGAUAUACUGUUUCUACUGCACCUGAUGAUACCUUAGUUGAUUUAGAGAAGAAAUUGGAAUCCAUAAGCGGCUUGAAAGAUCCGGAUACAGUCCCGCUUAUCCAAUGUGACAUCUAAUAGGAAAGACAUUAGAUACAUACAAAGGAUCAUAUAAUGCUGUAAAUAAGCAUACAUCAAAUAUAAUCAUACAUUUAAUACCUAAUUUCGUUUAAACAAUAUUAUUUUUCAUUUGUUAAAAGUGCACAAAUGACAAAUUUGCAAUACUAAUAUAGAGAUACGGAAAACAAGAAAAAUUUGUAUAUUUAUAUUGCUCUAAGUAUUUUACUUGGCAAAAGCAUGAAAUUACAACGACUUAUGAAUAUCAAUUGAAAAAAGGAUAUAAAAUUAGAGAAAAAGAUAACUGCAGUAACUAAAUGUUGAACCCUUUUCUUUGCAUUUAUGUUGAGAUGUUUGAAAAAAAAACAUUAGCAUAACCUCAACUAAGCAAAUCUAAAUAGUAAAAUAAGCAUUUUUUUCAUGCCGGGAUUUUUUUAAAUGUUUCUUUAUAGUAUGAAUUGUGUUUAUUGUUGGAGGCCGUACAAUGCAUUAUAAUUUUCUUAUCCAUUGGUUUAUGGUUAAUCGGUGUCUUAUUAACAAUCGCACCACAUUUCGUUUUUUAUAAUAAAAAGAAUAUCAAAACAUAAUCCUUGAGAACAUGCUUGCUUGGUGUCUUUGCUUUGGUGCGUUAUUUUGGUGGUGUUCGUGUUGUUAAAUAUUAAGUUUUAUGUGUAGUGAUAAUUGCUCGUCUUUUCGUCACUUUUCAUUUGACCAAGAUGUUGUUUUUCUUUCUUGGAGU